GGCUGGGGGGAGCCGGAGGGGAAGCAGAGAAGGCGAGCGAGGCACCAGCCCACAGCCCGCCCCCGGCACCUCCUCAGACGCGCAGACCUCGGCGAGGCGCUGGGCGAGGUGGAGGUGAGGGCGGGCGCGAGCGAACUCGGAGAGGGGCUCGCCCGCUCCCUGGCGAUCCCAGCCGCCGCCGCCGCCCCGCCAGCAGCAGCCGCAGCAGCAACAGCCGCCUCCGCCGCCGCCGCCGCCGCCGCCGCCGCUUCUUUCCUCUGACUCCCCUCGUCAGGCUGGCCGAGCGGGGGUAGUCGUUGGGGAGGCUCCCGCUAGGGGAACCCGGCGAGGGCAGGAGCUGGGCGGCCGCCUCGCACUCCGGCCGUCCGGCGGUGGGUGCCUCCGCCCGCGUGUCGGUCCCGGGUGCCGGGGGAUGUGUGUCGGUUUACGCCUCUGAGAUCACACAGCUGCCUGGGGACGUGUGAUGCCCAAGGCAAGUCUGGGCUUUUCUUUUUAUUAUUCUUAUUAUUUUUUACGCUUGGCUUUCGGAAAAUCUUCGUGAUGUUGUAGGAUAAAGGAAAUGAUACUUUGAGGAACUGGAGAGGACAUAGAAGCGUUUUGUUUUUUAAGAGAGGAAACCCGUCCCCUCUUCCCAGCUUGCUCCCGCUUUGCUGAUUUCAGGAGCCACCCUCCUCUUAGUGAGGUGAGAAUCCAGCAGGAAUAAAGGUGAAGACGGGCCGCCAGGACCCAGGAGGGAAACACUGACCAUUAGAAACCUUUGCAGAAGACACUGUAAGGAAGAACGCAAGGGAGAGAAAAACACAAAGACUUAAAAUUAUACAAGAAAUCUACAAACCCAGUUCUGGAGAAAGGCUCCUUCUCCAAAAUGGAUAUGUUUCUUCUCACCUGGGUUUUCUUAGCUCUCUACUUUUCAGGACACGAAGUGAGAGGCCAACCAGACUCACCCUGUGGAGGUCGUUUGAAUUCCAAAGAUGCUGGCUAUAUCACCUCCCCAGGUUACCCCCAGGAUUACCCAUCCCACCAGAACUGCGAGUGGAUUGUUUACGCCCCCGAACCCAACCAGAAGAUUGUCCUCAACUUCAACCCUCACUUCGAAAUUGAGAAGCAUGACUGCAAGUAUGACUUCAUCGAGAUUCGGGAUGGGGACAGUGAAUCCGCAGACCUCCUAGGAAAGCACUGUGGGAACAUCGCCCCACCCACCAUCAUCUCCUCGGGCUCCGUGCUCUACAUCAAGUUCACCUCCGACUACGCCCGGCAGGGGGCAGGCUUCUCCCUGCGCUAUGAGAUCUUCAAGACAGGCUCCGAAGAUUGUUCCAAAAACUUCACAAGCCCCAACGGGACCAUUGAAUCCCCUGGAUUUCCUGAGAAGUACCCACACAACUUGGACUGCACCUUUACCAUCCUGGCCAAACCCAAGAUGGAGAUCAUCCUGCAGUUCCUGACCUUUGACCUGGAGCACGACCCUUUGCAGGUGGGAGAAGGAGACUGCAAAUACGAUUGGCUGGACAUCUGGGAUGGCAUUCCACAUGUUGGCCCUCUGAUUGGCAAGUACUGUGGGACCAAAACACCCUCCGAACUCCGCUCGUCAACAGGGAUACUCUCCCUGACCUUUCACACGGACAUGGCGGUGGCCAAGGACGGCUUCUCUGCACGCUACUACCUGGUUCACCAAGAGCCACCAGAGAACUUCCAGUGCAAUGUGCCUCUGGGAAUGGAAUCUGGCCGGAUUGCUAAUGAACAGAUUAGUGCCUCAUCUACCUACUCUGACGAAAGGUGGACACCUCAACAAAGCCGGCUCCAUGGCGAUGACAAUGGCUGGACCCCCAACUUGGAUUCCAGCAAGGAGUACCUCCAGGUGGACCUGCGCUUUCUAACCAUGCUCACGGCCAUUGCAACGCAGGGAGCGAUUUCCAGGGAAACGCAGAAUGGCUACUAUGUCAAAUCCUACAAGCUGGAGGUCAGCACUAAUGGGGAAGACUGGAUGGUCUACCGGCAUGGCAAAAACCACAAGGUAUUCCAAGCCAACAACGACGCAACAGAGGUGGUUCUCAACAAGCUGCACACGCCCCUGCUGACCAGGUUCGUCAGGAUCCGGCCCCAGACCUGGCACUCGGGCAUUGCCCUGCGGCUGGAGCUCUUCGGCUGCCAGGUCACAGAUGCCCCCUGCUCCAACAUGCUGGGGAUGCUCUCGGGCCUCAUCCCUGAUUCUCAGAUCUCGGCCUCCUCCACCCGGGAGUACCUGUGGAGCCCCAGCGCCGCCCGCCUGGUCAGCAGCCGCUCGGGUUGGUUUCCCCGGAUCCCUCAGGCCCAGCCGGGCGAGGAGUGGCUUCAGGUGGACCUGGGAGUGCCCAAGACGGUGAAGGGCAUCAUCAUCCAGGGGGCCCGCGGGGGAGAUAGCAUCACUGCCGUGGAAGCCAGGGCGUUUGUGCGCAAGUUCAAAGUCUCCUAUAGCCUAAAUGGCAGAGACUGGGAACACAUCCAGGACCCCAGGACCCAGCAGCCAAAGCUGUUUGAAGGGAACAUGCACUAUGACACCCCUGACAUCCGAAGAUUCGACCCUGUUCCAGCGCAGUACGUGCGGGUGUACCCCGAGAGGUGGUCUCCAGCAGGGAUUGGGAUGCGGCUGGAGGUGCUGGGCUGUGACUGGACAGACUCGAAGCCCACGGUAGAGACACUGGGACCCACGGUGAAAAGUGAAGAGACCACCACCCCAUAUCCCAUCGAUGAGGAGGCCACGGAGUGUGGGGAGAACUGCAGCUUUGAGGAUGACAAAGAUCUGCAGCUCCCUUCAGGAUUCAACUGCAACUUUGAUUUCGCCGAGGAGCCCUGUGGUUGGAUGUACGACCAUGCCAAGUGGCUCAGGAGCACCUGGACCGGCAGCUCCAGCCCAAACGACCAGACGUUUCCAGAUGACAGGAAUUUCUUGCGGCUGCAAAGCGAUGGGCAGAGAGAGGGCCAGUACGCCCGGCUCAUCAGCCCUCCCGUGCACCUGCCCCGAAGCCCCGUGUGCAUGGAGUUCCAGUACCAAGCCACAGGCGGCCGCGGGGUGGCGCUGCAGGUGGUGCGCGAGGCCAGCCAGGAGAGCAAGCUCCUCUGGGUCAUCCGGGAGGACCAGGGCAAUGAGUGGAAACACGGGCGGAUUAUCUUGCCCAGCUAUGACAUGGAGUAUCAGAUUGUGUUUGAGGGAGUCAUAGGAAAAGGACAUUCAGGAGAAAUUGCCAUUGAUGACAUUCGGAUAAGCACUGAUGUCCCACUGGAGAACUGUAUGGAACCCAUCUCGGCUUUUGCAGGUGAGAAUUUUAAAGUGGACAUUCCAGAAAUACAUGGGAGAGAAGGCUAUGAAGAUGAAAUUGAUGAUGAGUACGAGGUGGACUGGAGCAACUCUUCUUCCCCGACCUCAGGGUCUGGGGCCCCUUCAGCUGACAAAGAAAAGAGCUGGCUCUACACACUGGAUCCCAUCCUCAUCACCAUUAUCGCCAUGAGCUCCCUGGGCGUCCUCCUGGGGGCCACAUGUGCAGGGCUUCUGCUCUACUGUACCUGCUCCUACUCAGGGCUGAGCUCCCGCAGCUGCACCACCCUGGAGAACUACAACUUUGAGCUCUACGACGGCCUCAAGCACAAGGUCAAGAUGAACCACCAGAAGUGCUGCUCCGAAGCAUGACAGAUUGCAUCCAAAUCACAUCUGACGUUUCAUUCCAGCAAGAGGGGCUAGUGGAGAUUACAUUUUUUUUUUUUCCCUUUGGAAACUGAAUGCCAUAAUCUCAAUCAAACCGAUCCAGAAUACUGACGGUGUGGACAGAAUGGAC